AUGGACAACAAGGCUAUCAAGCAGACGACCCACAAGAUCCUCGCCGAGUCCCACACCAUCCACUUCCCGCACUUCGAGAUCCCCGGUAUCGACGACACCCAGACGAACCCGGAGAGCAAGUUCGACCCUACGCCCAUCGUCCGUCCCAACCCGGCCUCCGACGUUAGCUUCAACUACUACAACUCCACCACGGAUGUGAGUGCCGCCGCGUGGCUCUGUGAGCUCGUCUGCGAGACAUCCUGGGCGUCGCUUACCUACACCGAGAUCGACGGUCUCGUCGACAAGCUCGUCAAGUCCAAGAAGACUUCGUGGAUGUAG